AUGCAAGAGGUCAAGCACGAACGAGAGCUCUGUCACGCAGCGGCCAACCUCCGCCAGGUGCAUCCCACGGGACUGGCACCUCGUCUUCGCUCCAGCAGCCAUGGGAGAUGCCAGGCUCUGGCUGGUGGUGCGGGAAUGCAGGGGGCGCAGGAUGGCGGGGGACGGGGGAAUCGCAAGACACAGCUGAUGAUUGAGGGGCAGGGGAGAACAUCAUGCAAAGUGCAGGGAGGAGGUGGGAAUGCGGGGAACUCACAAAUCCGAAUCGAGCCGCAGGGAGGCGAGACCCCGGCACAAGGGGGUGCUGGCGCUGAGGCCCAUGGGGAGCGGGAACAGGGAAGGGAAGCCCACGAGGGCCAGGAGGAGCAGACCCGGCCACAUCCAACCGAGGUGGGUACGAAUACGCAAACGGCGCAACAGGAGUCGGCCCCGACGCGAGCGGCGCGUGAGGCGGAGCAAACGGUUGAGGGGGUGGCGGCGCCGUGCCUGGCCCUGGGGCCGACGUCGGGGGAUGCGCCUGCACGCCAACCGGAGGUGCGGAAUCGGGCUGAGGGGGCGGAGGGACAGGGGCAGGAGGACAAGUCGGCGAAGGCAAUGCCGACUCCGGCGCUGGAGGGGGAGGCCGCGGCGGAGGGGUUGGCGGCGCAGACUGCGCUGGCGCAGCCGCUGUCUCCGAGCGAGACGAUGCAGACUGGGACCGAGCCGGAGGGAGCUGCAACGGCUGGGACCGUGCGGCAGGCGAUUGGAGCUGAGGUCGAGGACGAGCCUGGCCAGACAGUGGCGGACGAGGGGGACGACGGCGACGGAAAGAAUGGCCGCGCGCACGGAGAAACGGAUGAGUGCGCCCACGCGGGGAGCGUUACACAGGGUCCCUUGGUCGAGCAGGCGUGCUCGGCAGCGCAGAAGACGCGUCGCCAACACCCGCAGUCAGGCAGUCCGCGACGGCUCGGAACAGGGCUGGCACCUACCCACCCUAGGCCGCUGGUAGGGUGGACACAGCAGGAGAUCCCGCCGCCACGAUUACUUCACGCCGAGGCGGCCGGCGCCUACCCGUCAUCAGGUACGGGGAACGAGGCGGAUCGGCCCCACGAAAGAGCGGAACGGGCGGAGGCCGAAGCGGAAGACGGGGCGGCCGUCGUAGAAGAGGAGCAGGUGACCGUGAUUGACAGGCGCCGAGAGGGAACAGCGCGGCAGAGGCUACUGCGAGAACGCGCAGCGGAGGCAGCGGCGGGAAACCCGCCAGCAAGAACUCGGGGACAAGCGCCGGUGGCGGGGAGGGGACUCAGCGGACAAGGUGCGCGCGGAAGGACAGUGCGAGGAGGCCUGGCAGCGGCUGUGGCCAGAGAGAAAGCCAGAUCUGGGCCAUGGCGGGAAAGGCACGGGAGGCCUGAGCGACAGCAGGGAGGUGGACCAGUGAAUGACUGCGAAGAUGAUGAAGAUGAGGAAUAUAUGGAGGAGGAGUAG